GUCAGUCAUUGGUGAUUGAUCUUACUGGAUAAUCGAACAGCCACUGUGCUUCCAUCUCAUCUCCCGGUAAGCCCCAUAAUUAUGGCCAAUGAAAGCGGCGCCUUCCCAAUCCCCGGCGCCACCACAACGUCAGUGGCAUCGAUCACCAUCAACUACACCAGCACCAGCAGUUCGUUCACCACCAGUCUGUACCAGGAAAUCUACGUCAAUUUGCAGCUCGUGAACGGCGACCUGCUCAAUUUUAGCGAACGUCUCGUAGUGGACCCGAACGGCUCGGCAAUGGCGUCCAGCUCCCUGACGGCUUCGUCUUCACCACUUUCUUCCGCAUCCCUGAUCCCAACAUCAUCCUUCCACACCGGAAUGGUAGCCACGGCUGCGGCAGACACUUCCACCGACAAGGACUGCACCAAGAUUUGCCUGUCCUGGGAGAAAAUGUUUCUGGUGAUUUUGUUCUGUGCGCUGAUUGUCAUAACGGUGAUUGGGAACACUCUGGUGAUCCUUUCGGUGGCCACGACCCGACGGUUGAGGACCGUUACCAAUUGUUUCGUCAUGAGCUUGGCCGUGGCCGAUUGGCUUGUGGGAAUCUUCGUGAUGCCUCCGGCUGUGAUAGUUUUUGUUGUAGAGAAGUGGCAACUGGGUUGGAUACUCUGUGAUAUUUGGAUAUCGCUCGAUGUCCUCCUCUGCACGGCCUCGAUUCUGAGUCUGUGUGCAAUCAGUGUCGAUAGAUACCUGGCCGUAACUCAACCCCUAACGUACUCAAAACGAAGACGUUCCAAAAGGCUGGCCCUGCUGAUGAUUUUCGUCGUUUGGCUCGUGGCACUGGCCAUCACGUGCCCUCCCAUCCUCGGAUGGUACGACCAGGACCGGGAGCGGAACGAGUGCCAGUACAACCAAAACAAGGGAUACGUGGUUUUUUCGGCGAUGGGUUCCUUCUUCAUACCGAUGAGCGUGAUGCUGUACGUCUACUCGAAGAUUUGCUGCGUGCUCACGUCCCGGCAGCACCGGAUGACCAAGACCGAGGCUACCGAGAAAAACUGCGAGAUCGACAUCGACAACUAUACCUCGGAGAUAGACACCAGUCCGAAGCAGGGAACCUACGUGAGCCGUAAUAUAUCGUCCAAUUAUGCCAACUCGCACCAAACGCUGUACGAGUUCUUGAGUUCGGCUCGCAACACUCCGAACGCCACGCGCCACCAGUUGACAGCACCGAGGUCUUCCGCAGUCGGGCUGACAACGGUCAUGGGCGGCGGCAACGGGAACAACAACGGCAAUAGCCACUACGAGAUGAGGCCAAUCAACACGGUCCAGUUCAGUGCCAGCCAGAUUUCGCUGGCCGAAUCCUGCGUUUCCAACGUGACCAACAGCGGACUAAACGCCACCAAAGUUCGAGUCCAUGGCGGCAAACGAAUCCCCAUACGGAUUUCAUCGCUGAAGCGCGAAACAAAAACUGCCCAAACUCUGAGCAUGGUGGUGGGCGGCUUUAUUGCCUGUUGGCUACCCUUCUUCGUGUACUACCUGUUGAUGCCGUUCCUGCCGGAGCAUUCGCAGAGCAAACCUCUGAUGGCAUUUCUCACAUGGCUCGGUUGGAUCAACAGCGCCAUCAAUCCGUUUAUCUACGCAUUCUACAACGUGGACUUCCGGAUCGCCUUCUGGCGGUUGACGUUUAGGAAGUUCUACAAAAACAAGCACAAUUUGGCGUUUUUUAAGUCGUAGGAUGGAGGGGGUAGGAUGUGGUGCAGAAGUGGUGGGGAACGACGACGAGUGCUUACGGUAGACCGUGGAAUGUUUUCCGAUAACAAAGCAGCUACGGUGACCUUUGUGGAGGAAUGUGGCGUUUGAAGAUGAGAGAUUGAAAGGUACCGGGAUUGCGGAGAUUUUACAUAUGAAUUUCACAUGAGAAUACAAAUGGGGGCCCCAAUAGCCGUAGUUGUAAAUAACGCAGCCAUUCAUCAAGACCAAGCUGUGGCUUGUGGG